CUAUAAUCAAUCAUACUUAGCAUGAAAACGAUGAUCAAGUUUCUGCUGUUAAUACUGGUGAUCUCUCCUAUGUCGAUAUGCGCCGAGAAGGACAUGAUGAUAAAUGAAUGCCACAAUGCAGACGUCCCAGCCAUAUGCAUGCAAUGUCUUGAAUCCGACCCAAACUCCAUUCACGCCGACCAUAUAGGCAUAGCUGGCAUCGUCAUAAACUGUCUUGAAUCCCACCUCCAUAUCAUCACCAAUAACAUAACGAAUUUAUCGUCAAAGAAAGAUAAAGGUGAAGUGAAAACAGCUCUGGAGAUUUGCAAAAAAGACUUGUCGACGAAUGCAUCUACAAUACUGUCGGAAGCCAAAACAAGUUUGAAAACCGGUGAUUAUGAUAAAACCAACAAAUCGAUAAAGCUUGCGCUUGGCUUUCCUCUGAGAUGUAUGUUCAAUCUCAAACGUGUCAAGUUCACGUCUCCCCAACUAUUUAGUCAAAUCAAUAUCUAUGCUCAACUCUCUGACGCUGCUAUGAGGAUCAUUGAUCGCUUCUAAUAAGUAAUAACUCCUUAUUGUUUUCUAUAUAACUCAACUUCGAUCAAUGCUUACCCCAAUUUGAAUAAAUCAUUUCCUUUAUGAAAUUUAUAAAGUCACAUAUAUCCAUUUGUUGUAGCU